GCCUGAGGCCUGAGGUCGCUGCGAGCGGCACACGCCCACCGACGAUGAGCGACGUCCACGCCCGCAUCUCCGCCUUCGAGGCCCUCGCAAGCAGCCCCGCCCCCCGCCCCUGCACCCGCCCCCUCUCCCCCGACGCCGCCGCCCGCUUCGACCCCAUCGCCCACUCGCCCUCCCCGUCUCCUCCCGCCCUCGGCCGCAAAACAUCCCUCAUCGACCUCCACGACUGGGUCCUCGACGACGGCCCCCGCAACAGCCCCCCAGGCCUGCCCUCCCCGCCAGGCCUCGCUCCACUGCGCCCAGCCUCAGUCCGCGUCACGUCUCUGCGCCCCUCAUCCACCUCGAGUCCGCACCCUCUGCACACCCCGCGCCGCCCCUCCCUCCCCGCAAGCCGUCCUACACCUCUCUUCGCUCCGUCUCGGCCUCAGCAUCUAUAUCGCCCGUAACAUCCCGCCCACCACCCGCGCCGCCCAAGCGCAAACCUCCAC